CCUCCUGCCUGCUCUCUCUCUCACACGCACAUACAUACACUCUCACCUUGCUGCUGCCAUUGCAGCUCCAUUUCUUCACUGCUGCUGCUAUGCUCUACCUCUAGUGACUCCUUUGCUGCUGCUACUCGAAGUUCCAAGCUUGCCUCCUGCCAAGCCCGUCACUCUCUACUGCUCUCUACCUUUCUCUCUCUCUUUCUCUCUCCCCUAGAUCUGGAUGUAUGCAGCCCCCUUGGCCGUCGGCACCCAGCUCCGAUGGUGGCCGCCGUGAAGAAGGCCAGUUGCAGUUCUGGCAACUCCGGUGACCCCAACAUUCAUAAGAGCAGAUCGAGGUGGCCCUGGACGCGUGGACGACCUGUGCGAGGUGGCCCUGGACGGGAUCCGGAGGGGAGACUGGUAGUGACGUGGCCGUCGCUGCAGCUCAUCGCCUGCCUUGCCCCGGAGGUUUUGCACUGGGCGUGCCAAGCGAUGUACAGCACCAGCGACAGCAAGAGGAAAGGGGGGCUGCAGGCGCCGCUGGGGAGGCGGAUCAUGGAGGCCACAGGCGCCAAGUGGCUGUUCCCGGAGGGUCUACGCGGCAACCCGAUCAUAGGAUGACGACGAGUGCGACCAUGGA